AUGGAGAAAUUUUUAUUCUUAUUGAUACUUUUUAAAGUAGCAUUAUCAUAUAUAUACUAUGAUACUGGAUUAGCUAGGGACUUUGAUUAUACUUUUGAUUCAAGUUUCAGUUGCAAAACUGGUUAUUCUAAAACAGCAAUCAUCCAGUUUUCAAAUCAAUUUGAGAAAAUCCCUUAAGUAUUUUUUACUCAUGAAUACUUCGAUUAAGAAAUGGCUGAUUUAGGUUUUAGAUUAUCAAUAACAACUAUAACUACAACAUGUAUAUAAUAAAACGAUAUUGUCAAUAGCAUUUACAACAUAAAUAAGUUGUAAUUAACAAAGAGUAUUUACAUUAAAAUUAAGAUGGUUUGCUAUUGAUGAUCAACGUAUUGAAGUUAUAAGUAACUUCAAUAUGGAUACUCCAGAUCAUAAAACAUUUUCAAUUAAAAAUCCAAAUGCUUAAACUGGAUUUAUAGCUAUCACAAGUUUUCGUUAUCUAGGACCAAUUGAUUUUCUAUUAUCGGUAAUAGAUGAUAAUACUUAAAUAGAUAAGCCAAAUAACAACUAACUCAGUGACAGUUAGUAUUACUAAAGUGGCAGGAAAAUUUACAAACCUUAAAUAAAUUGGAUAUUUUGUUGUUGUUGGAGUUGCAGAAGCAUUUAUUAAUUUAGGAUUGAAGACGGUAACUGGAGGAUUUAGUAGUGGAACACUUCCAAUAUAAUCAAAUAGAUGGUUUGCUAUUGCAUUAUAAGGCUUGAAUUAUCCAAAUACUAGAAAUAUGAGGAUAAAAGCAAUAUUUACAGAUACAUCAACAACAAAAUCUUAUACUUGGGGCACUUGUAAUUAUAUAUAAUCAUUCUUUUAUUUUAGGGGAUGAAAUCGAAACUCCAAAUAGCCAUUCUUAAAUUUGGGUUGCAUAUUAAUUUACAACUUCAUACCAGCCUUUAGAAUGUUUUAGUAUAAGAACAAGUAGAAAAUAAGCAAUUGAUUUAAGCAUCUUGCCUACAUUCUUUUUAUAAUUAGUUUAGCCUAAUUAAAUUUAUAUUACGAAUGGAAAUUAUGAAUAUAUCGUUGAUAAAUCAAUUACACCACUUAAAAUGAAUAUCUAAAUGAAAUGUGAAAAUGGAAAGAAAGUUUAAGCAGAUUUUAAUAAAUGCAAUUCUUGUAGUAUUUAAAAGACUUAUUCUUUUACUUAUAAUUGCUUUAAUCAAAUGAAUUAUAUUGGUUUCUUCCCUUUAUUUUAACAAGCAUUUCUAUAAUAUAAUCAUUUAAAAAUCAAUAUUCAAUCAUCAUUACUUGAAGUCAUAAAUGUUGUCUAUGAUUAAACCAUUACAGAAAAGACAAUAGUGAAAAUAUAAAUAUUAAAUUAAUGA